AUGAUACAUUUAGACUUUGAAAAAGCUGCUCACAACGCAGUAUUGGAAGUUUUCGAAAAUUGUCAAGUGGUAGGUUGUCGUUUUCACUUAAGUCAAGCCUGGUUUCUUCGUAUUAAAAAUGACAAAGAAUUAAAUAAACACUAUGCAGGAAAAACAGUUGUAUACCAGUGGCUUCAAAGUUUUUUCGGUCUAAGUUAUUUACCUUCUAAUGAAGUAAAUGAUGGUUUUAUAUCUCUCAUGGCCAAUGCACCACCCAAUGUUGAACAUUUUACGGAUUAUAUUGUAGACACGUUUAUUGAUGAAAAUAGUUUAUUCUCACCUCAUUUUUGGGCAGGUGAGCCAUCUAUGGAUCCUAGGACAACAAACGGACCUGAAGCUUUUCAUAGAGAUUUUAACAGUCAAUUUUAUACUUGCCAUCCUAACUGUUUUGCAGUAAUAAAUAUUUUAUUAGAAGUUCAAGAAGAAUCGUACUUAAAAAUAGGUAGCAUUAAACGAAAUUACAAAGUCAAUAAAGAUGUUGCAAAAUAUUUAUCCCUAAUUGGUCCAAUAUUAUAA